AUGUAUCCAGUAGAUGUAAGAGUGACCGCUGACGGACUGGCCCAGGACACUACCCCGCUGUGUGGACCAGUUUCAGCUGAUCUGACACCGGUCUUGAAACUGGAACUAAGAUCACCCCACUCCAAAUUAACGCGUGAAAUCUUGGUGUUUGGUGAGAAGGGAGAAUCAUGUCUGGAGGGGAGUCCAAAGCCCUUCAAGAGCUGCUCCAGGAGGUGA